GUUGACAACCCGGAAAUGAAGAGUGCUUUCACAUCUAGGUGACAAACGGUCGAUUUCAAGCAAAACAAUGGAAAUUCCAAUGACGGGUUUCACCUUGCCAGCAAGCUGCAGUUGUAUCAUGACUAGGGCUGGGAAUUGCCAGGGACAUCAAGAUCCAGAUAUUAUCAAGAUACCUUCUACCAGAGGAGCCCAUCCCCCACCAGAGGGAGGUUCAGGUCCAGACCCUCAGACUCCUGUCUUGAGGAUCAACCAGCUGGAUGCCUUUGAGCUGGACUCUGCUCUGGACCAGCUGGUGUGGAACCAGUUCUCCCAGUGCUUCCAACACUUCCGCCCAGGCCUGCUCACCCCCGUGGAGCCUGAACUCAAGGCCCUGCUCCAGCUCCUUCUCUGGAGGUUCACAGUCUACCCCAACAGUGCUACGGUGGGCCAGUCUAUGAUGAACCUCCGUUACCACAACACGCUGUCACUAUCCCAGUGCUACAGGGCCCUGAGCAGGAGACAGAGGCUGGGCCUGGCCCUGCUGACAGUCGGCCCCCGCUGGCUGACGGAGCGAUCCCACAGCUUGCUCCUCUCCCUGGGGCUGGGCGGCAGUCCCCCGGCUGAUGGAGGUCUGCGUCUGGGACUGCGUCGAGUUCUUUCUCUUAUCACCGGCCUUACCCAGGUAGCCAAUCUGAUCAACUUCCUGGUGUUCCUGAGGAAGGGGCGCCACCCAUCUCUGACAGAAAGGAUCCUGGGUAUCCGUGCGGUGUUCACUAAGCCCCAGACGGUCCGGGAUGCAGCCUUCCAGUACAUGAAUAGAGAGCUGCUGUGGCACGGCUUCGCUGAGUUCCUCAUCUUCCUCCUCCCUCUAGUCAACAUGAGGAAGAUCAAGACAACCAUGUAUUCACUGCUCUACCCCCUAGGAGUAGGUGAGGGAGGGGAGGUGGGGGUGAGAGAGGGCUCAGCGGUGUGGAAGGAGUGUGGUCUGUGUGGGGAGUGGCCUACCAUGCCUCACAUGGUAGGUUGUGGUCAUGUGUUCUGUUACUACUGCGUCAAGAGUCACUCCAUCGCCGACGCCUACCUGACAUGUCCUAAGUGUGGCGUGGAAGUCGGGGAGGCAAAGGCUGUCAAACUGCAGAUCGAGAUGACUGACGUCCACGCGAGAUGAUAACGUCACAUCCAGUCACGGGAACACACACAACACGUGUUUACUUGUAAAGUGAGUUUUGGUGACACUCAAGGUCACAGUGAAUGGACUUCAAUACAGUGUCUACAGAACAAUUGACAUUUACACAUGCACACACACACAAACACGGACAGACAUUCAGAAAUACACACACACAAAGGGUCUCAGAGGGACCCUUUAACUGAGCAAAGUUUCUUUGCUUAAGAUACUCUGGGUGACGAUGGAAGAUGCACUGGAAAGACAAGAUGAUGAUGACUGAGAUUCAGUCUGUUGUAUGAACAGACAGGGCCUGUCUGCCCAUGUAUAAUGUAUGUGAGCACACACACACUGACCAUCCUGCUCCUGUUGCCCUUCCAUUCCUACUGUUAGACUUUGGACAGGCCUGUUUGUUCACACAGCUCUGAGUGACUGUUGGAGAAACACAGAGCAUAUAUUUGAUGAAGAAAUGUGUUGAUUCUGCCCCAAAUUGGCCUUGUGCUGCUCUGUUCUGUUCAAAUGGGAAUAUUUGUUCUGAUGAAAAAUGCAAAAACAUGACUGACGGGACUAAUAAAUAAUGGAUGAUUUUCUGUUGCUCAUCACCGCUAACGAAAUUUGCAUCUGUUUGUAUUUGUGCCUAAAUCCUGUUCAUUAAAAUGUAGUCAAUUUAAUUAAUACCCAAAUAAUGACCCCAUUUAAUGGGUGUUUCUUGUUUUAAAGUGAAGAGAGAAAUUUAGGAAAGUUAUAACAUACACGCUUCUUCCCAUCUCUCCUCUCCCUCUGGUCUCUCCUUCUCUCCUCUCCCUCUGGUCUCUCUCCCUCUGGUCUCUCUCCCUCUGGUCUCUCCUUCUCUCCUCUCCCUCUGGUCUCUCUCCCUCUGGUCACUCUCUUCCCAUCUCUCCUCUCCCUCUGGUCUCCUUCUCUCCUCUCCCUCUGGUCUCUCUCCCUCUGGUCACUCUCUUCCCAUCGCUCCUCUCCCUCUGGUCUCUCCUUCUCUCCUCUCCCUCUGGUCUCUCUCCCUCUGGUCUCUCUCCCUCUGGUCACUCUCUUCCCAUCGCUCCUCUCCCUCUGCUCUCUCUCCCUCUGGUCUCUCCUUCUCUCCAUCUUUCCCCAUGCUCUCUUCCCAUCUGCUCUCCCUCCAUCUUUCCCCAUGCUCUCUUCCCAUCUGCUCUCUCUCCAUCUUUCCCUAUGCCCUCUUCCCAUCUCUGCUCUCUCUCUGUCUCUCCUCUCCCUCUGCUCUCUCUCCAUCUUUCCCUAUGCUCUCUCCUUUUGCUCUCUCUCCAUCUCUCCCUAUGCUCUCUCUCCAUCUCUCCUUAUCCCCUUUCACACUGCUGAAACAUGCAAAAGAUCAAGGGACAGCCAGGGGCUCAGAUUGGAGACACACUUAUACACUCUCUCUCUCUCUCUCUCUGUCUCUCUCUGUCUCUCUCACAUACACUCAGUAAUCUCGGCGGGCCUCUCCCUAUAAGUCAGGCUGUGAACUGUAGUGAACCUCUGGCAGCCUCUUGGUUCCUUGCAGGCGAAUCACUGCCUAAUCCCUGUAAUGACUGCAAAGAUGCUUAUUUAUGCUGGAGUUAACCUCCUCCAAUGAGCCCAGCCCCGGGCCAAACGUAGCCCUGCCCAGUGAGGCCUUCUCUGGGCUGGCGGAGAGCAGAGACCCCCCCUCCUCUGGAUGAUCACUGGAGCUUAAUUGCUGAUUGCGGAGGCAAUCAAUCAGGACUAUAGGAGAGAUGGGUUUGGUCAGGCUGGUUCUCUCACACACAGACACAUACUCACAGACACAUAUACAGACACACAUACACACACACAGACACAGACACAUACACACAGACACAUACACACAGACACAUACACAGACACAUACACACAGACACAUACACACAGACACAUACGCACAGACACAGACACACAGACACACACAUACAUACACACAGACACAUACACAGACACAUACACACAGACACAUACGCACAGACACAGACACACAGACACACACAUACAUACACACAGACACAUACACAGACACAUACACACAGACACAUACGCACAGACACAGACACACAGACACACACAUACAUACACACAGACACAUACACAUACACACAGACACAUACACACAUACACAAACAUAUACACACAUACACACAGACACAUAGACAUACAGACACAUACACACAGACACAUACACACAGACACAUACACUACUGACGGCUUAGUUUCUUUUGAGGCCUGUUUGGUUUGGUCUAGCUUACACAAACUCGCUAAUACACACAAACACGCUCAUCCUGACUGGUUCACUUCUGAAGGGGUUGAUGAAAUUAGUUUGACACAAAGAAAAUAUUUGGUGUUUCUUGGCUUGAGGGCUUUUGCUCAAGAGAUCAAUACACAGGGAUUCUACAGUAUUUACUGAUGCUGUUCAUGUUCAUUAUUCCAAUGCUUAACCGCCAUGCUUUUUAUGCUGCCUCUGAUUCUGUAUGUUGGGGCGUUUAUGAGCAUGUGCGCAUGUGCCUGUGUCCAUGCGUCAAAUAGGCCUCCCUGACCUUGGAUGAUUCUAAUGAAUUAAAACAUACUGAACAAAAAUAUAAACGCAACAUGCAAAGUGUUGGUCCCAUGUUUCAUGAGCUGAAAUAAAAGUUUGCAGAAAUUGUGAACACA